CCUGCCCCACAGACCCCUCUAUGAGUUCCGUUUCAUGCGUUAUGUUGUAUUCAUGUCUCGGUGUACCGGGUUGAAGGUCCCUGUCUCCCUCUGCUCCCACACGGUCUCCAAGAAAGCCCCAUAUGCAGAGUGAGGUCAUGGACUCUGGGCUCACAGUGAGAACUCAUGAUACACAGAAUCAGGGCAUCUGUAGACUCUCCCGGACAGCCCUGAGCUCAGCAGUCAGGUCCACGCAGAGACGAUUGUGGGUUUUUAAACAGUAGAAUGGGGCAGAGGAGAAAAGAUACGUUUGUAGGCUUAGGCACAAAUAUGAAAAGGAAAAAUGGGAGUUUUUCAAUGUUAACAAAUGUGACAAGUUCAUUAAAAUCAGUUGAAUCCAGAAAUGGUGGGAUGCUUGUUUUCCUGAUGCCCCUUGCUUAUUUCACGUUUGCAAAUGGAUGAAAUGUCUACAUUUUUAUUUUACUGUUUCAGGUUUCAAAACCAGAACUGAGAACAGGGAGCUGAUUCCAAAGCAAGAAAUUCUAGAAGCCGAGUCGCAGCUGCAGAUACAAGAAAGGCCUCAGGGAAAGGUUCCCCUGUUUGCGGAGUAUGGUGCUAUUUCCAAAGACAAAGUGGAAGAGCAGUCAAGAAAUGCCUUGGUACUGAAAUCUGAAAAUUCUGAAGAACAAGGAUCCACUAAUUUUUCAUUUCUCACUAGGAAUGGUUCCUCAGAAGAGAGAGACCCUAAAAACAGUGAACUUGGGAACAGUGCCAAAAGCUCAAACACUGUCUUUUGUCCGCAUGUUCAGACAGUAGAGGGGCCCAUUAACAGUGAUGAUCGUGAAAAUGAUUGUAACGGGAGGUUAGAUGCGGUGCAAUGUCAAAUGGUGAUACGUCAAAAAUCUGUUGCUGAUGAGGAAGCUUCCCAUAGCUCUGAUCUUUUGGGGACCCAGAAGCAGACCUGUCAAGACAGACCUCAUAAGUGUGGUGAUUGUGCAAAGAGCUUCAAACAGCGCUCUGACCUCUUGAAACACCACAGGAUCCACACCGGUGAGAAGCCCUAUCAGUGUCAAGCAUGUGGGAAAAGCUUCCGUCAGAGCGCUGCCCUGGUGAAGCACCAGAGGACUCACACUGGUGAAAAGCCAUACACAUGCUCCAAGUGCGGGGAGAGCUUCAGACAGAGCUCACAUCUCAACCGGCAUCAAAGGAUCCACACAGGGGAGAACUACUGUCAAUGUAACACGUGUGGAGAAACCUGCCACGUCUCCCACCUUCUCAAGUAUCAGCGCAUACAUAAAGGUGAGAGACCCCACCAAUGUGAAGGAUGUGAGAAGAGCUUCAGACAGCGCUCUGACCUCUUUAAACAUCAGAGGAUCCACACCGGAGAGAAACCCUAUGGAUGUCCUGCCUGUGGGAAAAGCUUCCGUCAGAGCGCCACCCUCAUUAAACACCAGAGAACUCACACUGGGGAGAAACCUUACAAAUGUCUUGAAUGUGGGGAAAGCUUUCGACAGAGUUCACACCUUUUCCGACACCAAAGAGUCCACAGACAUAAAGUCUUACCGUCUUGACAUGUUUCUGCAUGAGUUUAGUGUGUGCAUUCUCUUACCCAGAAAUACAGCUUUUAGCAUUUGGAGUACAGUGAACCCUCGCUACUUCGCGCUUCGACUUCCGCGGCUUCACUCUAUCGCGGUUUUUGCGUAACAGC